AUGGCAGGGGAAGCUCAAGAUGCACCUGCAUUUCGGAACGGAACAACCUUUCCCGUCUACCAGGAUCAAAGCAAUUCGAUACUGACACCAUGCGCGAGCUUCAGAUGGAAAGCGACAAAUAUUUUUAGACUCCAAAGUGUUGAUUCCAGCGCAGGUUCUCCUCUAGCAUCGAGUCAAGCAUCUACAUAUACUGAGUCUAAGACUAUUGCGGCGGCCAUUUUCGAAGCAGAGCUCUGUAAAUCAAUACAUAUCCCAGGCUUUUACACAGCAUUCAACACCUACAGGAUUCGAAAUCGCCGAACGACUCCAAUAACAGCUCGAGCCCCGCCAAUUCUAUUCAGCCACCACGGCACUGUUUUACGAAAUCUUCCAGACGUCAACCAAUAUCUGGAGGAUAGAAUUGACGUAGAGCUACAGCGACAAAUCGCUGAAAUGCCGAGUUCGUGCAAAGACAUCCGAGAAGCGCUCGCGCAAUGUCUUCAAGAAUCAGAAUGCGUAAUGAUCUACCGAAACAAACCCUCCGACUGUCUCCGCCCUCCACUCAUUGACACCAUGCCCACGAAAUGUCAGCAACUCAAGAAAGGAUAUGGCGAGUGCAAGCGCGGGAUGGUAGAUAUGCGCAAACGGUUUCGCGGAAACCAGCCGAUUGCUGUGAGUAAGGAAUUGGAGGGAGGAAGUAUGCAGUCGCCUGGACAUCAAUUGUAUGCUGGAAAACCGGCGUUUGCGACUACGGCCAAGGAGACGGCUGGACAUGAACCGAUAGAAAGGGAUUGGAGGGAAGUAGAGAAUGAGAGGUUUAGGAAUGAAGAGGGGAGGUCAUGA